AUGCUCAAUUUGCGACACGCCUUUCAUCCAUUUUUCAGCUUUUACUUUACAUCCCUUCUUUUCCUCUAUAUUGCCUGCAUGAGUGCUGCUUAUGUGGUUGAGUAUGCAUUGAUGGCUCAAGCGUUGAUCUCUUUAUUGUGCAUUUUCAUAUUAUAUUUCGUGAAUCUUCAUCGAACAAAGAAAUUGACGAAAUGUGGUGGUGGAGAGCUCACUUUGAGAUAUCAGUUAGCUGAGAAUAUUAAAGCAAUGAAAACUCUUAUCCCGUUUCUUUUAUUGGAUAAUAUGAUCACUUGGAAUGAUCAAUUAUUUGAUCUUCUUUUUGAAGUUAAUUAUUUACAACCACCAAUACUUUGCACAAAAUCAACGAAUAAUCUUCUUUUUCUCAUAUCAACAACGUCUACUUGGUCGAAAACCUUUUAUGCUCUCAUCAUGCAAUCAACUUAUGAAUGGCAGUUGAUUGCUUUGAUACAAAAGAUUAUGGAACUAUUU